UUUGUUGUCGUUCAGUGGAGAUCUUCGGUCAGCGCCUCGGGCGAGUUAGCUUUCUUCUCGUCUUCACCUGCAUUUUUCGUUCUCUAGUGCGGCGGCCUGUUUCUACCCGCGCAAUAAUAAAAACGCUAGAAACCCGGAGCGAUCUCGUUGUAAUGUACCUGCAGGACCUGGCAGAUUUCGCAUCCAUGCAUAAAGAAAGCGGCAACGACGUCGAUUACAACGAUGACAACAGCAUCGACUGCGACGACUUACUCGAUCACGACGAUAGGGAUUCGGACGAAGACACUGAAGAUGCAAGCGAGACGGACAUGGUCAAGCAGCGCGAAGAGGAAUGCACCGAAAUCAAAGAACAAAUGUACAGGGACAAGCUCGCCACACUGAAGAAACAGUUAACACAGCUCAAGGAGGAAACCCACCCUGAGUACCUCAAGCGGUUGCGGAAGAUCGAACAACUCUACCAAGAGCGGCUUUUCAUGAACGAGGUGUUCCAGUCUCACGAGGUUGAGCGUGUGGAGCGAGAAUACACCCAUGAGAAAAAAGCAGCCGUUCGGGAAUUCGAAGAGAAGAAGAUAGACCUGCGUGAAUCGCUCAUAAUGGAACUGGAAGAGAAACGGCGCAUGGUAGAAUCGGAGAGGAGCACCAUCGAGCUCACUGGAGGUUCCAGCUUGCCGUGGUGCGCAGAUUCCAUGGAGGUGAAAUCUGUGACAACAAGAAAACUACGCAGAAGACCUAACGAUCCACUUCCAAUGCCUGAAAAGAGGCGAAAGACUUCGCCUACUCAGCUAAACUUCCUCCUGGACGAUGGUGAAAUAAUUGACGACCUAAAGAUGCUAAACAAGGGAAAAGCUCCAUCUCUUAGCAAGAGACUGGACUUCGAAGAAUACGGAAACAUGGACCACGGCUCUCACGCAAUUGAAGCCCGAAUAGAGGAUGGCAAACUGUUUUACGAGCGCAAAUGCUAUCAAAGGGGCCAAUCCGUCUGCGUGGAUUCGAAAGACAUGGGCCGUUUCUUCGGCGUCAUCUCAGGGGUGGGCACGUCAGAAUUCUGGGUGAAGAAAACAAGCGACAGCGGCAAGGUCAAGAUUCAUUUGUCUCAGCUUCUGAAAGGAAAAGUCAUCUUGCGAAGGAAGUCUGCGUGCUGACAUCACGUGUAGGUGCAGACAGAACUUCAUGUACAUAGCACAUACGUUUACCUACUGCGAAAAAUAAAACACCACUGUACAUUACCAUUUUAUGAAAA